AUGCCCAAGCCGAUUACCCUCUCUUUCGAGGAAACAUACUCCGAUGAUCCCUUGGAUGACGACGAUAGUGAGUGGGAGAGGAUCACACAAGACCCAGUCAAGCGAGUCGCGUUUGAAAGAAAGUGCAUUGAAGAUGAGCUUACCGAUCAAAAACGAGUAAUUAUAUUGCAAGAAAAUCCUAGCAGCAGGAGUCACUGUCGCUUCUGGGACUGUGUUCCUAGGAAGCUGAAUGGAGAGCCUAAUAUCAGGUCUGCUUUUCGUUUCAAUGUUAAGGACCUUUCCGGUCGAUACUUUGGUAAGUCCUCACAAUGUCCUAAAAACCUAUCUCGAAUCUUACGAGUGGUAGAACCGAACAAGUACUAUCAUGUGUCAUGCAUGGAGCAAAUAUUUCCCGACCUGAGUGCCUUGCUAGAGCGGGAGGUUUUGCAGAUGGAAGGCGGGGUCACCCAUCUGACCUCAGCCUGCUGGCAGAUAUCACGAUUUCACAAUGCCAUUGAAGAUUGGUUCCGCUAUAAGGGCCGUACCUUCGAAGUGAACAUAUACGAUCGAUUCCGAAGAGCUCAUGCCAAGUGGGAGCGGAAAGCCAGCACAGUGGAGAUCAACCAUCAACUCGGGAAUCAUGAGAGUACAUCUCAGGGUUGUGAGAAGUGUGAGGAAGUGCCGGAUGAACCGCUGAGGAAGGACUACUUUCCUGAAGAGCCACGCAGUAGCCUGCUGAGUGAAGUUCUAGCCUCCGUGAUUGGCGUGGGACACUUGGAUGGAUUAGAUGGAGAUUUGAAUGCUCGCCGUUGUAAGAAGAUUCGACGCAGCUAG